UGACGAGGACAUGCAGAGCCUGGCCAGCCUGAUGAGUAUGAAGCAGGCUGAUAUCGGCAACCUGGAUGACUUUGAGGAGGAGGACGAGGAGAAUGAGGAGAACAGGGCCAACCAGGAGGAGAAGGCUGCUAAGAUCACAGAGAUGGUAAACCAGCUCAAUGCUCUCAGCUGCUUAGCCGGAGACCCUGAGGACUACUUCCUAAAGCUGGCUAGUAAAAGGCCAAGCAGCGCUCAGUCUCCCUCCCAAGAGCUGAUCAGUAAGCUGAACUUCCUGGAGGAGGAUCAGGACACGCCCCUUGCCCUCUGCUCCAAUCCCUUCGAAGAUCCGGCUGAUGAUGUUGAUGACCCCUCCCAUCUGGAACACACCAAUCACUUCAACCCGUUCGGUGAUGAUGAUGAUGAUGGACCCCCCUCCCUGCCCCCCUCCCUCACCCUCCGACAGGACCCAGAGGCCUACUAUGUCCAGGAACCCUCCAACCCCUUCGACGAGGACGAAGUCAACACACACUCGCACACAGAGUACAACCCGUUUGACGAGCCCGACCAGGACCCAGACCUAGUCCCCGACCCCGACCCCCAGGGGCCCCAGGUCCAGCAGCCGGAGGCUCCCAAACCCAGGGGGAAGAAGGGGGUCAGGCCGGUGGAUAUGAGCAAGUACCUGUAUGCUGACACCAACCCACCACCAGAGGACCAACUGGAUGAAUCCAACCCGUUCUACGAGCCCCGGACCUCCAGCCCAUCCCGGCCCUCCGGGGGCCCCUCUCCAGACUUCAGUAACCAGAAGAGGAGAGCCCCGCUACCUCCCAGACCUCCAGGCCCCAGCCCCUCGGCCCCCAACACCUCCAGGGAGGGGGCAGAGAGGGAGAGAUUCAUGCCCAGUGGACCCAGUGCCGUGGCAGCUGUGGUGGGGCGAGAGCUGGCCUUCUCCUCCCCUAAGCCCAGUCCUAUCCCGAGCCCAGUGCUUGGUGGGAAGCCCAACGCUAGCCAAUCCCUGCUGGCCUGGUGCCGUGAGGUCACAAAGAAUUACCGCGGAGUCAAGAUCACCAACUUCACCACAUCCUGGAGGAACGGACUGGCAUUCUGCGCCCUUCUCCAUCACUUCAGACCUGAUUACAUAGACUACAAGACCCUCAAUCCUCAGGAUAUUAAGGAAAACAACAAAAAGGCGUAUGAUGUUUUUGCCAACCUGGGCAUCAGUCGUCUGUUGGAGCCAUCUGACAUGGUUCUGCUGGCCAUCCCUGACAAGCUGACCGUCAUGACGUACCUCUACCAGAUCAGAGCCCACUUCAGUGGAGAGGAACUCAACGUGGUGCAGAUAGAAGCCAACAGCAGCCGCAGCACAUACAAGGUGGGAGACUUCGAGACAGACACCAACGCCUCCAUCGGACAGGACAAGUUCUAUGCCGAGCUAAACGUCAGUGACGCUAAUGCCCAGACCACUGGAUCCAGUGGGGACGUUAGCAUCGGAGCUAACGGCGCUAGCGCCACCAAUGGAGCCGUGGGGAAAGAGGAGGAGGAGGAGAUGGAGGUGGGGAGGAAGAGUGAGACUGUAUCUUUCUCCCUCCCUGACUUUGGGGUGUCCUCCUCCUCUCCCACCUCGCCCCCCCUCCCCUUGCCCCGCGCGGCUCUACCCCCCACCGCCACAGAGUCCUCCCACCCCAGAGCCGCGCCUCGCUACCUUGCUACCACACCUCUGGGAGACGGUCGACGUCAACUACAACUACCCCUGAAGGCAGUCACCCUGGACCUGAGCCAGCUCCCUCUGAGGACGGAGAGAGGGACGGAGAGAGGGACGGAGAGAGGGACGGAGAGGGGGACGGAGAGAGGGACGGAGAGAGGGACGGAGAGAGGGACGGAGAGAGGGAUGGAGAGGGAGAUGAGGGAGCAGGAAGGGAUGAGGGAGCAGGAUGGGAUGAGGGAUGGAGCCCCAGACAACGGGGCCCUAGAUUCAGGGUCCCCUACACGGCAAGGAACCUCGGGGCCCCCAGGGGCCUCGUCUCCCUCCUCCCACAAGCUGGGCUUCUCCUACAACCGUGAUGCUGACCUCAUCAAGAAAAAGAGGGCCAGCCUCCGUCACUCUGAGUCUGAGACCGCCUCCGACUGCAGCAACCCCACCCCUGACAACCACGCUGACACGCCCACUAAACAGGAGCCAACGCCCGUCCCCAGUUCCCCAGUGGAAAAGAAGGUGCAGUCUCGGCAGGAAGAGCUGAAGGAAAGAGCCAGGCUUCUCCUGGAGCAGGCCCGGCGGGAUGCUGCCAUGAAGGCCGGCAGCAAGCACACAGCCAAUUCAACUAACUCAGCCCCAGUUAAAACACCACAAGUCACUGACGAGAGAGACGUGGAGCGCCGGAGGCAGCUGAGGGAGAGGGCCAGACAGCUCAUCGCCGAGGCUCGUUCUGGGGUCAAGAUCACAGAGAUGCCCCUUUACGACACGACCACUGACCGAGGGAGAGGCAAAACCACCCCUACUGGAGAUGUGUUGGAUGGAGAUGCAGGUGAUGAUAAUGGGGGUGAGGAGGAGGAGGGGGGGAGAGAUGAGGAAGAUCACCAUGAUGAAACUGUGACAGAGGCUACUGCGGUAGAUACUAACCCUCCUGAGGCCCCUCCGACCUCCUCCACCAUCCAGGGGCAUCAGGAGUCUACUAACCCCAGCUCUGAGCUAACCUUUCUGGGUAAAGGGACCACCACUAACUGGCUGUGUGCUGGUGCUUCUGCUUGUUCGUUUGCUCUCUCUGUUUUGUCGGUCUGUAACUCACCCCUCAUGUGCACGACUCCACUUUCCCCUUUGACCUCUGCUUCUCAUUGGCUUGAGUCACGGCUAGCUGGGAUCCCAUUGGCCUGUAGCAGAUUCUAAAGUUCUGAGACUGGCUUUGUUUAGUUUUUUUCUAUUCCUGUACAAUUUUAUUAAAACUAGUAAUUAAAA